AUGGCUAAGUUACUGAUAUAUGCGUUACUGCUCGUAGUUGUGUUGGCUUCGGUAACAGCAUACCCAGGUGGUGGUGGUGGCGGAGGCGGCGGCGGUGGUUACGGAUACGGCGGAGGUUCCGGAGGAGGUGGUCACGGUUACGGAAAUCAUGGACACAACCACGGAGGACAUGGCUCACACAGCCAUGGAAACCAUAACCGUGGACAUCAUGGUCACCACGGUCGUUAA